UGUCAUGAUCUUGCUUGCGCGGCCGCUGCGGACAGGCGAGCUGGAGAGGCUGCACCGCCACAGGUACGUCGUCGUGCCAGACUGGCUCACGCGUGCGCAAACCGGAAGGCUGCAGGCGGACGCGGUCGCCGUCGGCGCCGACAGUGGAUUUGAGUCCGCCGUCGGCUCCGUCAACUUUGGGACGGCACGCGUCGACACUGAAGUGCGGCGAUCUCGUCAGUGCAGCAUCUACCCGCCGCCUCGCAACGCCGCCGGCUCCGUCACUGAGCGCGAUGGACUCGUCAGCGCGGUGAACGGACUGCGACGCGAGCUGGAGGCUGCGGCGCUGCCGGCGCUGCCGCGGCUCGCGCCCUUCGAGACGGAGCUCAACUACCUUCUCUACCCGAUCGGCGGCCACUACAAACGGCACCUCGACCAGCCGCGCGGGAAUAGCGGCUGGCAGCGGCAAGGCCGACGGGCAGCCGACGGCGGCUCCAUCUCCGGCGGCAGCCUGCGCCGCGUGGUCUCCUUCAUCCUCUACCUCAACGACGAGUGGGAGGACGCUGACGGAGGAGUACGUCGAGGACGUGGCGCCGAACGGCGGCACGCUCGUCCUCCUCAUGAGCGGAGAGUACUCAGGUGGAGCACCGAGUGAGGAGAACGCACAGGGAGAGGCAGUGCGUCGUCGGCUGGUUCCGCGAGCGGCGCGAGGCGCGCGUGCCGGACUUGGACGCGUCGUCGGUGCGGACGCUCGGCUUGCUCGACCACGAGGAGACUGUCAGCUGCUGCCUCGACGACAGCGUCGGGUGGCACUGAGAGACACACGCGGGCAGCGGGGAGGCGCGAUCGGACGCGUAGAAUAUAGAAAACGGCCACACACGUCCACCGUCCAGCGAGGCCGGGGCAAGGCUUGUUGCACGAGUAUAUGGGACAAAGCGUCGAAAAUGUCCCAAAACCCAAAAAUAAAA